AUUGCGGGCUCUCUCUCUCUCUCUCUCUCUCUCUCUCUCUCUCUCUCUCUCUCUCUCUCUCUCUCUCUCUCUCUCCCACCGUCGAGAAGAGAGUGAGAGAGAAGCUCAGCAUAGGAGAAAAUGGAGCAAAAGAAAAGGUUUGACAGCGUAUCGUACAGCCCCUGCCCGAGCUGUUUGCAUUUCCCUCAUCCCUGGUCCUUCACUCUUUCUCACACACUCUCUCUCUCGCUCUUCCUUUGCCUCAUCCUCCACUUUCCUGCGCGCAGCCGUGUGUCCCUUGGUGCGAUCCGCUUCAACAAACGGCGUCCGAAUGUUGUGUGUGUCUCCGUCGCGAAAUCUCCAUCUUUGAAACUGGCUGCGGUCCGCCAUCGUUGCACAUAUCGCGGCGUUCCUAGCUUAGGCCACCCCGGUAGUUCGCGCGUGUGUGUGUGUGUGUGUGUGCGUUUGUGGGGCACUGGUGUUUUUGCUCCCCCCCCCAUCCCUUUCCUGCCGUGUGAAACCGUGUGAGGACAAGCCAUCGCCGUUCGCCCGGCCCUCCUCCUUUUCCGACGGCACGGCGUUACCGUGACGAUUCUUUUCUCCUCCUCCCCCUUCCCUUCCUCACCUCCGCCGUGUGCGUGCGUGUGUGUGCUCAAGUCCUCGCGCGUGCAGAUGGCUUCCCCCGACGCCGCCCCCGGCCAGCGAAGGUUGUGAGAGGAGCGGACAGGAAGGCUCGCCAGGCCAGCCCCUUCUAGCCCUGCCAAUUACGGUCCCUUCCACCCCAUCCUACUUCUCCGCCGCAUCAUCGAGCAACAAACGCUUCCCCCCAAGAGCCACGAUCAAAACCGCUCGCCCUCAAACACGUAGAAAGGAAACCGUUGCAGCAGCCUCGUCGAACAAAACUCACAUCAACAAUCAAUCGCAGGAGCAAGGUCCUGCGGGCGUGUGCACGGGAAAGGAGGGAAGCGUCGUAACAACGGGCAGCAAGGCAAUCCGUCGGCAGCGGGCUCAGUGGGUCCGGCAGCGGGUAGAAAAAGGCACCCCCGCACGGUCGUAGGAAAAAGGACAUGAAAGUACAAAGGCAGCGCGCAGUUUGCCGUACGUGUGUAUUUGAAAAUUAAAAAGGCAAGAAAAGGAAACGUCCACACCAGUAAGAAGGGGUAAAAGUGCACGAAAGUCACACGCAGAAGGCAAGCGAGCACAGUGUGUCGGACCACAAAACCACAAAAAAGAAACAAAACCACAACCACACUCAAACCACCCACCCAUCCACAACGGCGGCGGCAACACUGACGACGAGGCGGAUGGUGGGCGUGGUGGUGAAGGAGAAGGGCAGCAGCGGCAGCAGCAGCACCGGCUCGACCAUGUCGCGCAGCGUGCGGGCGGAGACGCGCGCGAGCAAGAAGGAUGACGUGAAGAAGCUGAUGCUGUCGAUGGACCGCGUCCGGCACUGGGAGAAGAAGUGGGUCACGAUCGGGGAGACGUCGAUGAAGAUCUACAAAUGGGUGCCGAUCUCGACCAACGACAAGAAGAAACCGGCGGCGGCCGGCGGUGGAGCUGGCACUGGGGCUGCCGCGAUUGGUGGGCCGCCCGGGUCGACCGGCGGCUCGGCGGCGACGGUACCCGGCACCGGCAAAACGGCCGAAUCGAACGGAGCGCCCGGUGGCGGCGGUGCACCGGGAGCCGGCGGGCAGGUGAACGGUGGCGGCGGCGCGAACGGUAACAGCAACAGCAGCGAAAACAAGGAAAACAACCGGAAGCAGCUGCCCCAGCCGCCGCCGGCCGGUACGGACUCCAACUCCAACUCCAACUUCGGGCUGGCGGAAGACUCCAACACCUGCUUUUCCAUCGUGAGCGAUUCCCAGGGCGCCACCGACUUCGUGUCGAACAUGUUUUCGGAGGAUUCCAACUCGCAGGGCAGCGACAGUGCGCAACCGAAGCGAGUCAAGAGGGAGUAGAGAGCCCUUGGUGACGGGUGACGCCGCCCGACUCAACCCCCAAAACGCUCGACGCCCUAGGACAAAACAAUUAUAUCCCCUCCCGCCUCCCGAGGACACCACGGUUGUCUGUUCGCUCCCCGUCAUCACCACGCAUAUCCGCAUGGUUCUCGGCACGGUGUCCAACCUUUGCUCCUGCCACAGCGCACCGACGCCAUAUAUCAAUCGUGGCGUGUAUGUGUGUGUAAUUGUGUUGGACAGGACCAAAACAAACGCGAAACUGCAUUCAAGAAACCGACGAACCACAGAGAGAAAAAGCACAUCUCUCUCUCUCUCUAUCACAGACACACACACACACAAAACACCGAUUACGAUGUACAAAGAGAAGCAGCCUGCCACGGGGGACCGGCCUGCUAAAACCCGCUGCAAGACGACACACCUUUUCGUGGUGGGGAGCGGUUGGAGGGCAGAGCAGAGGGACGAGACAGGAGACAGUUUAUAAUAUUAUUAGCUCGUAAGGACCGCCGGAUAAUAGGAUAGGUUGUUUUUUUUUUCGUUUUUCGACUGCCUUUGUUUUAAGUUCACGAUUUCGUUCGUUUUUCCUUCUUUCUUUCUUUUUGCUGUGUGUAGUUUUAAUUUCAUUUUCUCGACCCUACGACACGCUCUUUUGCUACCCCCAUCCCGUUUCUGUGCUAUUCCUCCUUCUCUUAACGCCGUUAGUUAUAGUGUAAGGCUUAAUUGUGUAAAUGGACCUUCUUUUUUUUACUUUUGCUUGUGGGGCGCGCGCCGUUGGAGUGUGCGUUCGUUUUUUUUUUUUUAGGCGUUUAGUAAAAGAGCGGGUAAUUGUGGAGCAUGAUGCGCGAGAUGUAAACCCGGACAUGAUGAAUGUGCAACAAACGAAAU